AUGGGCUGCAAGAGCGGCCUGAAUUUCAAGGACCCUGAGGCGGUGAGAGCUCUGACGUGUACCCUCCUGAAGGAGGAUUUUGGGCUUACGAUCGACAUCCCCGUGGAAAGGCUUAUUCCGACCGUUCCCCUGAGGCUGAACUACAUCCACUGGGUGGAGGAUCUCAUUGGUCACCAGGAUGCUGACAAGCAGGUCCUUAGGCGAGGCAUUGACAUAGGGACAGGGGCAUCUUGCAUAUACCCAUUACUCGGAGCAACUUUGAAUGGCUGGUAUUUUCUUGCAACAGAAGUGGAUGAUAUGUGUUUCAAUUAUGCCAAGAAGAAUGUGGAACAGAAUAACUUGUCUGAUCUUAUAAAAGUGGUUAAGGUACCACAGAAGACUCUACUAAUGGAUGCACUGAAAGAAGAAUCUGAAAUCGUUUAUGAUUUCUGCAUGUGCAACCCCCCCUUUUUUGCCAACCAAUUGGAAGCAAAGGGAGUAAAUUCUCGAAAUCCGCGGCGUCCCCCACCCAGCUCUGUAAAUACAGGAGGGAUCACAGAAAUCAUGGCUGAGGGGGGAGAACUAGAAUUUGUCAAAAGAAUUAUUCAUGAUAGUCUACAACUUAAAAAAAGGUUACGAUGGUACAGUUGCAUGUUGGGGAAGAAAUGCAGUUUAGCACCAUUGAAAGAGGAACUUCGAAUCCAGGGGGUUCCUAAAGUUACUCAUACUGAAUUCUGUCAAGGACGCACCAUGAGAUGGGCACUGGCAUGGAGUUUCUAUGAUGAUGUACAAGUACCUUCACCUCCCUCUAAAAGAAGAAAAUUAGAAAAACCCCGAAAACCAAUUACAUUUAUGGUCUUGGCUUCUACAGUCAAAGAGUUAUCCAUCAAAGCUGCAGCUAUGGGCUGGGAUGCUGUAGAAGCUAUUGCUGUGGUGAGAGCCUGGGUAGAGAAGAUUCUCACUGAUCUGAAGGUUCAGCAUAAACGUGUUCCCUGUGGAAAAGAUGAAGUUAGCCUGUUUGUGACUGCUAUUGAAAACUCCUGGAUUCAUUUGAGGAGAAAGAAACGAGAGAGAAUAAGGCAAUUACGAGAACUUCCUCGAGCUUCUGAAGAUACUCUGCAAGCAAUGGAAGAGGAAAAAAGCAGCCAGAAGAGCGUGAGCAACAAUUCGGACUGUGAAAACCCCAAGACUGAAGACUCUGAAAUGGGGUUUAUGGCACCUGAUGAGGAUGUUCACUUGACCGCAGGUGACGAGCUAGUGGAAGAAUCUGAUGCCAAAGAAGAACACAGUGAGCACGUGAAGGAGGAGGAGACAGAAGCAAAGCAGGCAGAAAUGUCGCUUGGCAAAGGUUCCAGUAAUGCAAAGGAGGAACCUUGCCCUUCAGAGGAAGCUAGCAAUCUGACAGUUGAAAAAGAACAAAGUCCCAAAGAAGCUAGUAGAUGUUUUCUCUUUAAGUGUUUAAUGAACGUGAAGAAAGACGGAAAUGAUGUAUUGGUAGAAAUGCACUGGGUUGAAGGACAGAACAGAGACUUGAUGAACCAGCUGUGCACAUACUUACGGAACCAAAUUCUUCGACUGGUUGCUAGUUAGCCCUUUUUCCUACUUUGGUAAAGUAAGUCAGUCCU